AUGCGCUAUGGCUUAAGGUCACCUUCACCGUCUCCUGUGCGAGAGAAACAGACAGGGCGUCGCAGCUCUGCGUACGGCCUUCCCUCUGAUUCCGACGAAGAAACAGAUUCCCUGUCCUCCGAAUCUUCUGUCUCAACUGACGAUGACUCGGAAACUGAUACAGGACGACUCAGGCCAUCUGCCUCAACAAUCGCGUCUCCACCUUCACAGCAUCAUAAGGACGCCAAGUUCCUCGCUGAUCGACGAGCUCUUGAGGACACCAUCGCUGCCAUUCGAUUACGGACCAGACAUUAUGAUCCGUAUGAGGAGUGGGAGCGACAGACGAGAACGGAUGCAUUGCGCACAGCGCGUCAUCUGCGCACGACUAUCAAUGCCACCCAUGCGUCUCACCUCGAAAAUACACACAGAUCCGCUUUGCAAAGCCAACAAAGGGCAUAUAGUUCCCAAGUUACUGACGUCACACGACUUCUCGAGGCAUUCCGUAUCAAGGGGCGCGAUGAGGAAGUGAGGUUGCGACAGAAGUGGAAGGAGGAGGACAAAGCGAGGAUAGAGAGACUUGAAGCCGUCAUUAGGGCUGAAGAGGCGAAAGCACGUGCUGACGCCGAAGCGGAACGAAGAAAGCGGGAAGAGGCAGAAAGACGACGACGCGAGGAAGAAGAGAGGAAAUGGAGAGAAGAGGAAGAACGGAGAAAGGCUGAUGAGGAGAGGAGGAGGGCAGUUGAAGAAGAAGAAAGGCGCGAGAGGGAGAUAAAGGAGGCAGAGACACGAAGGAAGGAGAAGGAGGCCGAAGAGACAGAGAACAGGAAACUUUCUGGAAUGGCUUCUGCUGAUGAAGACUGGAAGUACGCGCGUGAGACGUUGAAGAACCUCAAAGCUGGCCCUAUGAAGACAGUCAAGGGAGACAAGGCACUUAAAUCGCAGUGGGGUGCCAUCCGACGACAGAUUACGCCUAAAAUCGGGCAACUUACCCAGGACCAGGCGACCGUUACGAAAAUCGUUCGUCAACUGAUUGAACUCGUCCGUCCGCCAACUCCCCAUCCCCAAGCUCUGUACCUUGCUGCCCUCUCCUCUCUCUCCAAAUGUAUCCUCCUCCAAGCUGAAACUGAAGUCACUGCAGAGAAGAAAUCUGCAUUCCCACUAGCAGCCGUCACGUACACGUUCCCGGAUGUGUUUUACGCCAAAAUGGUACAACGCACUGGUGGAUGGAGUGUUCCUGUUGUCGUCCCAGCGCACGAUGUCGAUGGGCGGGCGUGGGACGACACUGAGAGAAGGAAAGCAAUGGGGUAUCGCCGAACGGGUGAGGGCGACGGAAGCGGGGAAGGAACAUGGGAGAGUUCUGGGGAUUAUGGGACGCGCCUUGCAGGGAUCAUGAGGGUAUAUUUCUUAGUUUUGGGUAUGUCUGCGUCGAUAUCCCCAGCAGGACCGGUUGGAAGGGUCCAAAGGAUCUUCCAACUACCUUGUUUCUGGGUGUACUUCUCCCGUAUCCUCGGCGAUCCGCGAUUGUUGGAAACGGCUGUGGCUGCGCAGAUCUUGCAUGCUGCCCUCGAUGUAGCAGGCCUGGAAGCCCGGAAUAUCUGGGGUAAGCAAUGGAUAAAACUCCUUCAACUUCUCUACGUAGCGAGCACAGAAGGCAUCGGCAGCGUGCCAGGCACGAACGGAAAGAGAAUGCUUGGCGGGCAGACGCCGGAGGGCAAGUCUGCACGAGUGAGGGUACAGCUGGAGAUUGAGAGGAUUGUCCAAGCUCUGUAG